GGCCUGCAACGGAAUGCGACUCUCUGGCCAGCAACGGCAUUCGUGCUGGCUGGCCGGCCCUCGUCGUCUGCUCGCUCGCAACCAGUUAGUUCGUGUUCGAACGUACUAAGAGGUGCACACCGUCUGCAGUCUGGAGUGGAGUGUGCCGUCGCCUGUCGCCUGUAAUCAACGUAUUCCCGUUCAUUGCCGCUCGCUUGCGUCGUCUCGUUAUUUCGUGUGUGUGCCACAGAGCCAAAGCCAGAGCCAGAGCCAAAGCCAGUGCCGUCGCCGUCGCCGUGUUGCCUGUGGGCCCUAAGAACCCUUCAGUUGAGUUGCGUUGCGUUGCGUUGCGUUGAGUGCCCCUGCCACAAUAAAUAGAUUCCGGUAAUCCUAAUGCCGAAUCUGGCUAAUCGGUCGGUGGGUUUUGGUGAUUGUGACUGUGAACGGAGCCAGUAAAUGCACUGAGUGAGCGGCAUACCGCAGGGCUCCAAUCGAAACAGAACUGUGAAGGGGAGCCAGUCUCCUGCCACAUCGUAGUGUCAGGAGUGGACGAUUGAUGCUGCAGCAUCAACAACAACUUUAAGAGUUAUCCAGACAGUGAGCAGAGAGAGCAGGGGGAGAGAGUACUUUGCAACACCUACGAGAGGAAGUCAAUCAGUGGAAAUGGCUGCCUACACACAAUUUGGAUACGGAGGCUUCCCGUCGGGCGCUCAGCUCCUGCCGCCAAAUGCACAGGCCGCGGAGGACACUUCCCCGAAUGUGAACGAUGCAUCGCUGGUGAUGACAAACGCACCGGCGAUGAGCCCAACGGGCGGUGCGGCGGACUGCCAGACGAACCAGCAGGCCACGGGCAGUGGCGAUGCCUCGUCGGGUGCCCUCAGUCCCAAUGCCCUUUCGCAGAACUCGCAGAAUGCUGCGGCAGGAUCGUCGGUGGUUGGCGGGGCGGCUGUUGCUGGUGCUGGUGGAGCCGCUGACCUGGCCACCGGGGGCUCCCUGGACGGCAACGGUGUGGGCACGACGCCCACAACGGGAAGCUCAUGCUGCGAGAACGGUCGUCCCAUAAUGACCGAUCCUGUGUCGGGGCAGACCGUCUGCUCCUGCCAAUACGAUUCGGCCCGACUCGCCCUCUCCAGCUACUCCCGGCUGCCGGCGGCCAGCGUUGGGGUAUACGGCACGCCCUAUCCCUCGACGGAUCAGAACCCCUACCAGAGCAUCGGAGUGGACAGCUCCGCCUUCUAUUCACCGCUGAGCAAUCCGUAUGGACUGAAGGAGACGGGCUCUGGUGCGGAGAUGGGCGCCUGGACAUCGGCAGGCCUGCAGCCCACAACGGGAUACUAUUCCUACGAUCCAAUGUCAGCAUACGGCUAUGGGGCGAGCUAUGAUCUGGCUGCUCGUCGCAAGAAUGCCACCCGCGAGUCCACGGCCACGCUGAAGGCCUGGCUGAACGAGCACAAGAAGAACCCCUACCCGACCAAGGGCGAGAAGAUCAUGCUGGCCAUCAUCACCAAGAUGACGCUCACCCAGGUCUCCACGUGGUUCGCCAAUGCCCGACGCCGCUUGAAGAAGGAGAACAAGAUGACCUGGGAGCCGAAGAACCGCACCGACGAUGACGACGACGCCUUGGUGUCGGACGAUGAGAAGGAGAAGGAGGACCUGGAGCCCAUCAAGGGCUCCCAAGGCGGCAGUUUGGCCAAAGAUGUGACCAAAGAGGAGGACGAUGCCAUGGACGAGGAGCAGAAGUGCAUUGGCCAGGCGAACAUCCUUCGCGCUGGCUUUGGCUAUCCGUCGGCUGGGCCCGGCUACCAUGGUGGUGGUGGUGGUGCCGGUUCCGGUUCCGGCGGUGGCCAUCCGGCUGGGUACCACCAUCCGUACCACCACCAGCAUCCUGCCUACUAUCAGCCCCAGCAGGGCAUGCUGGGCACCGCCUUUCACGGCGGAGACGCUGCCGGCGGAGGCGGAGGCGGAGGCCUGCUGGCCAACAAGCAGACGGAACACAGCGAUCCAAAAAACCAAUUAGGCCGGGACUGUGGCGUGCCGAUUCCAGCCACCAAGCCCAAAAUCUGGAGUUUGGCCGACACAGUUGGCUGCAAGACCCCACCGCCAGCAUAUAUGGGCCAGGGGGGUCAGCUGCUGGCCCAGGCGAUGCCGCCACAGCAGCAGCAGCAGCACGGGCAGCACGGACAGCAUAUGCAUCAGCAGUUGCAUCCGCAGGUGCAGCAGCAGCAGCAGCAGCAGCCACUGCAGGAGAACAUGGGCAUGGUGGCCAGUCCGGGACAGGCGCCGCGAGCCCAUCAGCAGCAAGAGCAACAGAGCCUGCCGAUGGGGAACCAUCAUCUAUUCAACGGAACACCCUAUUUACGGCCGCAUACCACGGCCUACGGGGGUUUUCUAGGGGCUACGACGCAGCAGCUCCAUACUACGAACAGUGCCCCGUACAACAGCAGUACGCAGCAGCAGCAGCAGCAGCCGCAGCAGCAGCAGCAGCCCAGCCAGCGGAGCAGCAGCACACACAGUUCCAGCGGCACGCAUACGCCUACCAUCCAUACUACGGGAAAUUCGAACGGAGCUAUGGGCCUGCAGGCCCAGCAGGCUCCAGCAGCUCCGUCGGCACAGCAGCCGCUUCAGUUCACGGCCCAUCGGCAGGGGCACCAACAUCCGCACUCGCUGCAGCAGCAGCAGCAGCAGCUGCAGCAGCUGCCAUCUCAGUCAACAGUGAAUCCGCGGGCGAUGGGGUUUCUCGAAGCCCAACCCGAUACUCCACCCCAAACUCCGCCGAAUAUGAAAGUGUUGAGCGGAGCUUUGAGUCUCCUUCCUACCGCUUCUCAAGCCCCUAUGACCGCUACUUGUCGCAGUAGCAGUAGCAGUCACAGCAGCAACAUUAAUGCCUUCAACUUUGGCUCCAACUAUCCGAUGAAUUUCUCGGCUCGUCUCGGUGAGUACUCCCCCAGAGACGAGUACAGCAGCGGGAGCAGCAGCAGCAGCUCGUCCUCGCCGCAGCUGCACCGAAACGAGGCGGCCAUGUUCAAGCCGCUCUUCAAGAAGUACACCAACACCAACUAAACCCACAAAAGGGCAAACUAUUUUAUUUACUAUUUGACUAGCUGUCUGAGAUGUGCUGAGCGCUGUGUACCACCACCAUCAGGCUCCAGCGGGGAGGGUUCCUCCACUCAAGACAGAUUUAAUAUAGCUACAAGUGGCCGGCGGGUUCGUGCAAAAAUAUAAUGAAUUGUGUAAUAUUUAAUAUUAAAAGCGUAUAUCACAUUAGUUUGUAUUCAUCGUAAAAUAACUUCAAGUUUCAUUAAAGUUAUGAAUCGUCUUAAUGAAUCGUAUUUAGAGUAUCGGAUCAAAUGUUUCUCUUCAAAACUGCAAUCUAAGCUAAGAAUAAAACAAAACAAAAAACAAAACAAAACAAAAAACAAAACAAAACA